GUUUGACGGGAAACUGAACUGACAGUUCCAGCGAAUAAAUGAUAAAUGCCACCAAGCUAAGUGCACCUACUAUCGCACUUUACUACAACGCUUUACUACCCUCAUCGCCUCGACCACUACUCUAGGAGCUCCCAAGAGGCAAGCCAUGCCAAGCAGGCGCCUCAUCGCCAGAGCAGUGACAGCAAUCCUCACCUUCAUCGUCUUGCCCUUUGCCGCCGUCCACUACUACCACCAGACAUACGCCCCCCAGACAGGCAUGAUGAGCGCCGUCCCCAAGCCCGCCGCCCAGCACCAGAUCGUCGUGGUCGGCGCGGGGCUGGCCGGCCUGGCUGCCGCCCACGCCGCGCUGACGGCGAGCCCGACGGCGUCGGUGCUGCUGCUCGAGCGCGCCGCCAAGCCAGGCGGCAACAGCAUUAAGGCCUCGAGCGGCAUCAACGGCGUGCCCACGCGCUUCCAGAAGCCUGGCCUGGACUCGGCCGACCGCUUCCGCGACGACACGACCCGCUCCGCCGGCGCCCGCCUCCUCGCCUCCUCGGCCACCACCGCCGAGGCCGGUCUCGCCCGCCCCGCCCGCGAGGCCCUGAUCGCCCGCCUGGCCGACCGGUCCGCCGACGCCGUGCACUGGCUGCACGACACGGUCGGCGUCGACCUGUCCGUCGUCGCGCAGCUAGGCGGCCACUCGGCCGCUCGCACCCACCGCGGCGCCGGCAAAACACCGCCCGGCUUUGCCAUUAUCAGCGCCCUGUUGGCCCAGCUCAACGACGGCCUUGGCAAGGGCCGGUUUGAGCUGCGGACUGGCUGCGAGGUAACCAGGCUCCUGACCCCGUCCGAGGGACCCCGCCGCGUGGGCGGCGUCGAGUUCUCGUGCGCCGCCGCCGACGGCGACGGCGACAGCAAAAGCAGCGGCAGCAGCACCGCCGAGGCCGCCGGCCCCGUCGUCUUCGCGACGGGCGGGUUCGCGGGGGAUGCGGGAGGGCUGCUGGCGCGGCACCGGCCGGACCUGGGCCCGCUGCCGUCGACCAACGACGCGGCGGCGGCCGUCGGGCUCGCCGUGCUGGCGCGCGACGCGGCCGCGGCCAUGGUGGACAUGGACAGCGUCCAGGUGCACCCGACGGGCUUCGUCGACCCCGCGCGCCCGGCGGCGCCCGUCAAGAUCCUGGCCGCCGAGCUGCUGCGCGGCGAGGGCGGCAUCCUGCUCCGGGGCGGGGCGCGCUUCGUCAACGAGAUGGAGACGCGCGAGCACGUCAGCGCCGCCGUCAUGGCAGCCCCGGCUGCCGUGGACGAGCGGGCGGCGGCCGCGGACGGGGGAGAGGCGCCGCCGAGGCAGUGGGACGUGCAGCUGCUGCUGGACCCGGGCGCGUGCGAGGCCUCGGCCAGCCAUAUCGGCUUCUACGUGUUUAAAGGGCUGAUGAGGAAGCAAAAGGUGCGGGACCUCGACGAAGCCACGCGCCGGGCCGUCCGCGACUACGGCGACGUCGUGGCCGGGCGGAAGGCCGACCCGUUCGGGCGGACCGCGUUUGGGCACUGGAGGCUCGGGGCGGGCGGCGAGGGGGAGAGCGAUUACGAGGACGCCGAGGUGUGCGUCGGGAGGGUCACGCCCAUCACGCACUUCACCAUGGGCGGAGCGGCCAUCAACGACAGGGCGCAGGUGCUCGGGGCCGCCGGGGCGCCCGUCGAGGGCCUCUGGGCCGCCGGCGAGGUCACGGGCGGGCUACACGGGGACAACCGGCUGGGAGGGUCGUCGCUGCUGGAGUGUGUGGUAUUUGGACGCGUCGCCGGCGAGGAGGCGGCUCGCUAUGUGCAGUCUAUCUAGGAGGGACGUUAGAUUUAUAGCAGAAGCUUGAGAUGAUACCUGACCGAAGUACCCUGCCUUCUUUUACUGGCUGCCAUCCUGUAUUUGCUGCACACCCUGCA